AUGCCAGAAGCAAUAACUUAUUUAACAGAAACCAAACUAUGCCAAAAAUGUAAAACUCAAAAUGCAGUUGUUCAUGCAAGAGUUGAAGAUUUUUGUAAAGAUUGUUAUAUUUUUUUCAUUAGAGGCAAACUUAGAAAACAAAUUAAUGAAGAAAGAUAUAAAGUUAAAUUUGGUAAAUCUUUAGAAUUAUAUGGCACUCAAAAAGUACUUCUAGCCUUAUCUGGAGGUGAAUCAUCUAUAGUAUUAUUAGAUAUUAUUGGUGCAUUAUUAGAAGGACAAAAUAAACAACAUAAAGGAAAACAAGGGUUUGAUCUUGUUGUGGUUAAUUUAGAUGAAAGUGAAAUGGAUUCAUUAAAUAAAAAGAUUCAAGAUACUAUUCCUAAACUUUUACAAAAAUUUAGCCCAGUUAAUAUAACUUUGAAGAUUUUAUCUUUGAAUUCUUAUAUUGAUGAAUCUACGUUACAUAAAAUAUCCCUAACUCCAAGUUUUACUGCAUCUAUCAAAUCCAUUGAUCCAAAGAAUGUGACACUCGUUGAAUUAUUAAAGAAAUGUCCUAAUAAAUCAUCAGCUGAAGAUUUAUUAAGUAUAGUUUAUGAAGAUUUGAUUUUACGUGUUGCUGCAGAAGAAGGCUGUCAAACUAUUUUGUAUGGACAUUGCAUGACUAGAUUAGCAAAUGAGAUCAUUGCAUUAACAGUUAAAGGACGUGGAUCAAUAAUUCAUAAAGCUAUUACUGAUCAUGUGGAAACUAUUGAUUCAAAGGAAAUUAAAGUUAUGUUCCCAUUAAGAGAGAUUUUAUAUGCUGAAAUUGCGGCAUAUAUAAAAUUGGCCGAAUUGCAAGCAUUUGUCAUUGAGUCAACUAUUGAAAAAUCAAAAAUAAAUAAAAAUUUGACCAUUAGAGAUUUAACAACAAAUUAUUUCAGACAAUUGGAUGCCACUGGAUAUGCAUCAACAGCUUCAACCGUUGUUAAAACUGGUGAGAAAUUAGGUGCUCCAAAGGGUGAAUUAUUGUGUCAUUGUCAAGUUUGUGGAGCUGAUAUUCACCAAGAUCCAAGUACUUGGUUAAGAACCAUUACUGUUAAUGAAUCUGCUCCUAUUACAACUGAAGAAGAAAAAGAAUAUCUUGAAAUGUACAAAGCUAGUUUGCACAAUGCAGCUGUUCCUAUUGAAAAUGACAAUGGUACACCACUUAAUAUUUGUUUUGGAUGUAUUAUCACUUUAGGAGGAGUUAAACAGGAUUCUGGAUUUGUCUGGUCGAUUGAAGGUAAAUCUAAUUUGGAUUAUCUCUACGUAAAUGAGUCAGAAGAGAAGCAAAAGAUAUUAGAUGAGUUUGUAUUAACUGAUGAUGAAGAUUAG